UUAAUUAUCCUGAUCUGUCAUUGUUGAUAACCUAAACAUCAUAUUAUUUUCAAUUAAAAUAAUAUUUUAUAAGUUCGGGCGAUAAUUUAUAUACUCUUUCAACUAAAAUAUUUAAGAAAUGAUGUUUUGUUAUCGCUUUUUACUAAGCAUAACUUAUUUUAGUUUAGCAGUUUACGGUUACGUUCGAUAUCAACCGGAACAAAUACAUUUAUCGCUGAGUGAUAAUAGUCGUGAUAUAAUUGUUACUUGGUCAACACCCGAUAAAACCUUUGGUAAAAGUAUUGUUGAAUAUGGUGUCGAUAAAAUUAAUUUACGAUCUGUGGGCUAUCGAAAAAAAUUUGUGGAUGGUGGAAAAGCAAAGAGAGCACAAUAUGUACAUCGUGUUACACUAACCGAUUUAAAAGCAAAUACUACUUACAAAUAUCGAUGUGGUGGAGAACAAGGAUGGUCGCCUAUAUUUUGGUUUAAAACAUUCCCUGAUGGUGAUAAUUGGAUACCAAACAUAGCUAUUUAUGGUGACUUGGGUAAUGAAGAGGGUAGAUCACUUCCUCAAUUACAAAAGGAAGCCCAAGAUGGUUUAUAUAAUGCUAUAAUACAUAAUGGUGAUUUUUCAUACGACAUGGAUAUGGAUGAUGGACAAUUUGGUGAUGAAUUUAUGCGACAAAUUGAAUCUGUUGCUGCUUAUGUACCAUAUAUGACUACAGUUGGAAAUCAUGAAGAGGCUUAUAAUUUUAGCCACUACAAAGAACGAUUUACAAUGCCCGGCGACAAUGACGGAUUGUAUUACAGCGUAAAUAUUGGACCUAUACAUUUUAUUUGCUUCUCAUCAGAAUUUUAUUAUUAUCCACAAUAUUUUACUGGACCAGAAGAACAAUAUAAAUGGAUAAUUAAAGAUUUAGAAGAAGCAACAAGGCCUAAAAAUCGUGAUAAACAUCCAUGGAUUAUUGUUUUGGCGCAUCGUCCGAUGUAUUGUACCAGUGACGACAAAGAUGACUGUAAUUUUAAGAAAGCAGCAACUCGUAUUGGAAUUGGUGAGCCACCAAAAUAUGGUCUGGAAUCCGUAUUUUAUAAAUAUGGUGUUGAUAUGGAAAUUUGGGCCCAUGAACAUAUAUACGAACGGUUUUAUCCAGUUUAUAAUUAUACAGUAAUGAAUGGUAGCAUGGAAUUUCCUUAUGUGAAUCCUAAAGCACCGGUUCAUGUAACAACCGGAUCAGCAGGUUGUUCAGAGGGGCAUAAUAAUUUUAUUCCAGCACCUGAAUAUUCAGCAUUUCGGUCCAGGGAUUAUGGUUACAGUACUUUAAAAGUAUUUAAUCACACUCACUUGUAUAUGGACUUUGUUUCGAUUGACCAAGGCAAAAUAAUUGAUGCCAUUUGGGUAGUGAAAGAUUCACAUGAUUCUUUUUUAAAAUCUGAGAAAUAG